AGAAUGAAGGCCAUGCAAGGCUUGAGAAUAGGCUGCUUGGUCAACCUGCAGUUGAUGAAUCUGUACGUACAACAUGUCGUGGCUAGUUGUCUACAAUGCUAGCAUGUCCGUGGAAGAGGGAACACUGUAAUUAUCUCGUUCAACCCUGUCCUUUUUGGUAAUUUCAUCCCUGGUCUUCUUUCCUUAUAUUCAUCAAAACCCUCCAACGGAAGAAAGAAAUAAGGUUAAGAAGGAGAUCCACCAUGGAAGGAGAAGGAGAUCACAGUCACUCAUCUAAUUCUAUCUACAGAGAGUGUCUUCGAAACCAUGCAGCCAGCCUCGGCAGCUACGCCACCGACGGCUGCGGCGAGUUCACCCUCGACGACACAUCUCCGGGAGGGUGUCUGCAAUGCGCCGCCUGCGGCUGCCACCGGAACUUCCACCGCAAGGUGACGUUCCCACCACCUCCGAGGGGGUUCAGCCGGCCGGAGCUGACGGGGGAGCUGAUGGAGUACAGCGGCGGGGAGGCGACGCCGCCGAGCAGCGGGAUGAUGGAGGCGGGGGAGAGAACGACGUCGGGAACUGGGAACAAGAAGAGGUUCAGGACGAAGUUCACGGCGGAGCAGAAGGAGAAGAUGAUGGGAUUUGCAGAGAAGCUGGGGUGGAAGUUGCAGAGGAAGGAUCUAGACGAUGAGAUCGAGAGGUUCUGCAGAGGAGUGGGAGUGAGCCGGCAAGUUUUCAAGGUUUGGAUGCAUAACCAUAAGAACUCUUCUUCAUCUUCUUCUGCUAAUUCUACCGGCAAUGCCUCCUCUCUUACCCAGUAAUAUAUAUAUAUAUAUAUAUAUAUAUAUCUCAGAGAGAGUAUUGUACUCAUCAGACUAAUUAAGCAGAAAGACGAUUAGUUCUGAAUCUUUAUAUUUAUGGCCUUUUUUCGCUUCCUUAAUCUGCAUGCUUGCUUGUAAUUUAUCGUCAUUGCGUCAGCAUACGGAAAUCUAUAAAGCUCUCUAUUAUU